AUGUCACUUCUUUUGUCCCAGAUGACUCAGAACAUGUUUCAGGAGGGGCUGCAUCAGGUGUUUUUUAAGGCACGCCCUUUGCCCUGCCCUGUUCCAGCUGACGACUCCACAGCUGGAGAGCUGAUGGAAGACAGACUGGUCCGCUGGUUUGGGACAGUGGUCAACACCCGCCUUCUCCUGUCUGGGGUCAUUCAGAUUUUCAGUGCUGCCUUCUGUAUUCUUUCCACUUUCUCCUAUACUUGUUUGACUUUCAGCUGUUCUGCGUCUAUGACAGCUCCAAUAUGGUGUAGCCUUUUUUUUCUAGCCACGGGGUCACUUGCAAUUGAUGUCCAAAGGAAACCCAAAAAAUUCAAAGUCAUGACUCUGAUGGGCCUGAAUAUCUUCAGCUUACUGUUUGCAGUUUGUUCUUUUGUCACCUUCUUUAUUAAAUCCUCACUAAUGGAAAAGGCCACCCCUCAGCAGCGCAUUGGUGUGUAUGUGCUGAAGGGCAGUGGUUUCGUGUCCAUCCUCCAGUGCAUGUUAGCAGCCAUAUACAUGCUCUUUCUGAUUUGGAAAGGUAUUAAGUCCUACAGCACCCUCUACAGACAGGACUACAUCAGCGUAAUGCAGAAAUCAGAUGAGCAUACAGAUCCACUGCUGGAAAAUGAACAGUUCAGCCUUUGAACAGCCGGUGGA